CGGGCUGUACCACUGGGUCCUCAUCCGAGGGGACGCGGGGUCCGAAGGGCUGAGCCGCUGUGCCCGCCCUGGGUCGGAGGGUGAUCCACGCCUCUGGGAGGAGCAAAGGGCGGCGAUCGCACGCCGCGACCACCUUUCCUGGAGGAGCCCCAGCCGGAGAGGCGAGGCGUCCCCGUCCUCUUCUGGAAGCUUCGCUCUCCAGGACUCGAGGAAACCCCUCCCCGUUUGGUCGGGUGCUCAGUGUUUGCAUCUGCGGAAUGGGCACGCCGAUGCAUCUGGGUGGGUACAGCUUGGCCGGAUCCGAAAGGUGGACCACUUGUUGCAGCCAUGGUCGUCUCUUCUGGCAGAGUGAAAGCCGCAUACCGUGCACGUUGCUGGCAGGCGGUCCCCCGCGCCAAUGGAGGAGAACGAGGUGGAGAGCAGUAGCGACGCGGCCCCUGGGCCGGGCCAGCCGGAGGAGCCCUCCGAGAGCGGCCUGGGUGUGGGCACCUCGGAAGCCGUGUCCGCGGACAGCAGCGACGCGGCUACUGCCCCAGAGUUAACGGAGGCCGACGACUCUGGCGUGGGGCAGAGCUCAGACAGUGGCAGCCGCUCUGUGGAGGAGGUAUCCGAGAGCAUUUCAGCAGACCCCUUGCCUCAUGGCUACCUCCCUGAUUCAUCUUCUGUGUCCCGCGGAACAGUGGCAGAGGUGCCAGGUGGCCCCCCAGCCCUGGUGCAUUCCAGUGUUCUCCCAGACCCCAGCAUGCUGGUGUCAGACUGCGCAGCUUCCUCUUCAGACCUCGGUGCUGCCAUUGACAAGAUCAUUGAGUCUACCAUUGGCCCGGACCUCAUCCAGAGCUGCAUUACUGUGACCAGUGCUGAAGAAGGAGGAGCAGAAACCACCCAGUAUCUGAUCCUGCAGGGCCCAGAUGAUGGUGCUCCCAUUACAUCACCAAUGUCUACUUCUACCCUGACCAAUAGUCUGGCAGCCAUUGAAACCCUGGCGGAUGGCCCCACAUCUACAUCUACAUGCCUCGAACCUCCUGAGGAACCCCAGGGAGAACCUAGCUCUCUAGCACAGCCACCCCCAGCCUCUGGCACUGACGAGCUCGACCUGCAGAGCCUGGAGGCCAUGAUGGAGGUGGUGGUUGUGCAGCAGUUCAAGUGCAAGAUGUGCCAGUACCGGAGCAGCACCAAGGCAACCCUCCUUCGCCACAUGCGGGAGCGGCACUUCCGCCCAGUAGCAGCAGUAACAACAGCCGCUGGUAAAAGGGGGCGUCUACGGAAGUGGGGCACAUCUACCAAGACCACAGAGGAGGAAGGACCAGAGGAGGAGGAGGAUGACAUUGUGGAUGCUGGGGCCAUUGACGAUCUAGAGGAGGACAGUGACUAUAAUCCAGCUGAGGAUGAGCCCCGGGGCCGGCAGCUGCGGCUCCAGCGUCCCACCCCUAGUACUCCAAGACCUCGAAGGAGGCCUGGCCGACCCCGAAAGCUGCCUCGCCUAGAGACUGCGGACCUCUAUGAUGGUGUAGGAGAGCCUCUGGUGAGUUCCCAGAGCACACAGAACCCUCCAGAACUGCAGGAUCUCGAGGCUCCCAGCUCCUCGGGCCCAGGAUGCCUAUGGGGCAAGGUGGGGAGAGGCCCAGUGGAAUCUGGUGUGAGUCAGUCGGAUGCUGAGAACGCAGCCCACUCUUGCAAGGAUGAACCUGACGCCCAACCCCGCCGCCGAGGACGACCCUCCAGGAGGUUCCUAGGGAAGAAGUACCGAAAGUACUACUACAAGUCACCCAAGCCACUGCUCAGGCCUUACCUGUGCCGCAUAUGUGGCUCACGCUUCCUGUCCCUUGAGGAUCUGCGCUUCCACGUCAAUUCCCACGAAGCUGGUGACCCACAGCUCUUCAAGUGCCUGCAAUGUAGCUACCGCUCCCGUCGCUGGUCCUCACUCAAGGAGCACAUGUUCAACCAUGUGGGCAGCAAGCCCUACAAGUGUGACGAGUGCAGCUACACCAGUGUCUACCGGAAGGAUGUCAUCCGACAUGCGGCCGUGCACAGCCGGGACCGAAAGAAGAGGCCAGAUCCGACCCCAAAGCUGAGCUCUUUCCCUUGCCCAGUGUGUGGCCGUGUGUAUCCCAUGCAAAAAAGACUAACGCAGCACAUGAAGACUCACAGCACUGAGAAGCCACACAUGUGUGAUAAGUGUGGGAAGUCCUUUAAGAAGCGCUACACCUUCAAAAUGCACCUGCUCACACACAUCCAGGCUGUUGCCAACCGCAGGUUCAAAUGUGAGUUCUGCGAGUUUUUCUGUGAUGACAAGAAGGCACUAUUGAACCACCAGUUGUCCCAUGUUAGCGACAAGCCCUUCAAAUGCAGCUUUUGUCCCUACCGAACCUUCCGUGAGGAUUUCCUGCUAUCCCAUGUGGCUGUCAAGCACACAGGGGCCAAGCCCUUCGCCUGUGAGUACUGCCACUUCAGCACUCGGCACAAGAAGAACCUGCGCCUGCAUGUGCGAUGCCGACACGCGAACAGCUUUGAGGAGUGGGGACGGCGCCACCCUGAGGAGCCCCCCUCCCGCCGCCGCCCCUUCUUCUCCCUGCAGCAGAUAGAAGAGCUGAAGCAGCAGCAUACUGCUGCUCCUGGCCUGCCUCCCAGCUCGCCAGGGCCUGAGGCCCCCCAAGAGCCAGCACCUUUCCAGUCACCUGAGACUCCCCCACUACUCUGUCCUGAUGCCCUAGGUGGUGCUACAAUCAUCUACCAACAAGGAGCUGAAGAGUCCACUGCGAUGGCCACUCAGACAGCCUUGGACCUGCUAUUGAACAUGAGCGCCCAACGGGAGCUGGGGGCGACAGCCCUGCAGGUGGCUGUGGUGAAGUCAGAGGGCGUGGAGGCAGAGUUGACGUCCACGUCUACUGGUAGGCAGCCUUCCCCUGAAGACACCACUCAACAGGUGGUGACACUUCGUGUAGCAGAGCCAGGGAGCAGUGUGGCAGCUGAGAGCCAGCUGGGCCCUACUGACCUACAGCAGAUUGCCUUGCCAUCUGGGCCAUUUGGUGGGGCCAGCUACAGUGUCAUCACAGCACCCCCUCUGGAAGAGAGGACGUCAGCUCCUGGCACUCCUUACAGCGAAGAACCUCCUGGGGAAACAGCCCAGGCUGUGGUUGUGAGUGAGAAUCUCAAGGAGGCUGGUACCCACUAUAUAAUGGCAGCUGAUGGAACCCAGUUGCACCACAUCGAGUUGACUGCAGAUGGUUCCAUCUCCUUCCCAAGUCCAGAUACUCUGGCCUCUGGAGCAAAGUGGCCCCUGCUGCAGUGUGGAGGGCCACCCAGAGAUGGUCCUGAGGUUCUAUCUCCAAUGAAGACUCACCAUGCGGGAGGCCCCCAGGGCUCUUCCAUGCCAUCCCCUGCAGCCAGCAGCACCCUAGGCCUGGUAGUACCCACCUCCCCAUCAUCCGCAGCAGCUUUGUCAGCAAAGAAGUUCUCUUGCAAGGUGUGCUCAGAGGCCUUUGCUGGCCGAGCAGAGAUGGAGAGUCACAAGCGGGCCCAUGCUGGGCCUGCUGCCUUCAAGUGCCCUGACUGCCCCUUCAGUGCUCGCCAGUGGCCUGAGGUCCGGGCUCACAUGGCACAGCAUUCAAGCCUAAGGCCUCACCAGUGCAAUCAAUGUAGCUUCGCCUCCAAGAACAAGAAGGAUCUGAGGCGGCACAUGCUAACGCACACCAAUGAGAAGCCUUUCUCAUGCCACCUCUGUGGGCAGCGUUUCAACCGGAAUGGGCACCUCAAAUUCCACAUCCAGAGGCUACAUAGCAGUGAAGGGAGAAAGACUGGGGGUUCUACAGCCCGAGCCCCAGCCCAGACCAUCAUCCUCAACAGUGAAGAGGAAGCACUGACCACACUGCACACUGCCAUCCAGUCCAGUCAUGGUGUCCUAGGUCCAGAGCGGCUACAGCAAGCACUGAGCCAGGAACACAUCUUUGUGGCCCAGGAACAGACAGUGACCAAUCAGGAGGAAGCUGCCUACAUCCAGGAAAUCACCACGGCAGAUGGCCAGACAGUACAGCACCUGGUCACCUCUGACAACCAGGUUCAGUAUAUCAUCUCUCAGGACGGCGUCCAGCACCUACUGCCUCAGGAGUAUGUUGUGGUCCCUGAUGGCCAUCAUAUCCAGGUCCAGGAGGGCCAGAUCACACACAUCCAGUAUGAGCAAGGUACCCCAUUCCUGCAGGAAUCCCAGAUCCAGUAUGUGCCUGUGUCCCCAGGCCAGCAGCUUGUCACCCAGGCUCAGCUUGAGGCUGCAGCACAUUCUGCUGUUACAGUGGCUGAUGCUGCCAUGGCCCAAGUCCAGGGCCUGUUUGGCACUGAGGAGGCAGUGCCUGAACACAUCCAGCAGCUGCAACACCAGGGCAUCGAGUACGACGUCAUUACCAUCACGGAUGACUGAGCCUCAAAAGCCCAACGCUGAUCUUGGAUAUCGGGGCCAGCUCUCCUGGAGACGGGGGACUUUCCUGUCCUACUUAGGGCCUCCAGAUACUGGACAAUCAGUAUCCCUUGACUCCAAAGGAGCCAGACCUGUGCUCUUGGGGGGGAGGGGGGGGCAAGCCAUGGACCCCAGCCAGGACAUGCUGGGUGCUUCAGCCUGCUGGCAGGCUUUGGGAAAGAAAUUUAUUUUUGUUUGGAUGGACCCACUGGCUCCUCAGUCUCAAUAAAGGGA